UUGUUUGUUGUCAACAACAAAACACUUCUUUCCGGUCGACGCCCAAACAUUAUUUUAAAUAUUUAAAGCAAAAUAAGAUAUUUAUUGAAUGAAAUCAAUACUAUUUAUUAGUGAAACAAUAAAUAUAUAACAGAAUAAAAUAACUUUUCACAAUUAUUAUUUACACCAAUAUUUUUCAAGUUGUUAUUAUCGUGCGAGUCGUUUUGCGCGUCAUAUUCCGCAUUACAGUACAGUGUAUAGUUGCCGGUUAUUAACUCCAGAAUUAAUUAAUUAUAUUGAACAAAUGAAUGAUAUUACGAUACGUGGUUGAAAAUAUGGUAUCAACACGUGGCCUUAGAUAUAAGUUUAGUGAGGGAGAACGAGUCUUAUGUUACGAACCUGAUCCGACAAAAGCCAAAGUUUUAUAUGAUUCUAAGGUAUUAGAGGUGAUAGAGAGUAAGGAUAAACGUGGACGACGCACUGUUGAGUACCUGAUCCACUUCCAAGGGUGGAACUCCUCCUGGGACCGAUGUGUCAGCGAGGACUUUGUUUUGAAGGACACUGAAGAAAACCGCCAGUUGCAGAGGGACUUGGCUGAGAAAUCACAAUUGCAACUAGGUGCAUACUUAUACCGCCGUGAACGCAAGAAAGGCAGCAGUAACAACACGGGCGCCGGGCCGGCCAAGCGCGCACGCCAUGGAUUCAGUGAUGACGGCUCUUCCAGCAGCACACAGCCUGAUGGUGGCGAGACAGUAGACACGGACUCUUCCUCGGACACGGGGUCCAGCACGCCGCCGCCCAACGCACACAUCGGCCGAGCGCACAUCAACUUGCCCUCUGCACUCAGAGACCGGCUCACGUUCGACUACCACCUGGUGGUGAAGCGCGGCCUGGUGUCGCGGCUGCCGGCGACGCCGAGCGCGGCGCAGGUGCUGGAGUCGUUCGUGAAGUGGUUCGCGCGCGCGGGCGCCUGGCAUCCGCCGCGCGCGCGACACGACCCCGCGCAGAAGCCCGACCUGCUCGACGUCUCCUGCAGGUUAAACUUAGUGAGAGAGGUGGCGGACGGCUUGCGAGUGUACUUCGACUUCGUAUUGCGAGGCCAUCUGCUGUACAAGCAAGAGAUUGACCAGUACCACGAGAUAUGCGGACAGUUCAAUGAAAACCACGAAGAUGACAUACAAUCGAACGGCGACGACGAAGAGCACUCGCAAGACGACAGCUCCCCCGCGGCGGCGGAGGAGGAGCUGAGGAGCCCGAGGCUGCCCGAGUACGCGCAUCUGCCGCCCGACCCCGUGCUGCCCGACACCGAGCGCAUCUUGACACCGGUAAAUCAUAACGAAGAUAGUCAAAAAAUGGAGACAAAUGACAAGAACUCAUCCAAGAAUGACGUGGGAAACGAAGAGAACAGGGAGAACUUAAAUCAUUCGGGCGGCUCCGCCAAGCCUAGGGAGGGGCGCUCUACACGCAGUGGAAAUGUGGCGAGACGGUUGCGGUCGCACAAGUCUGCGGUGUCGCAGUCGGAGAACGACGAGCCCGCGCCCUCCACCUCCACCGGCGACCCGCGCACAUUCGAAACUCUCUCUUCCAGUGUGGGCAGCAGCGGCUCCUCCCUGAGCGAGUGCUGGGCGCGGCCGGCGCACACGCCCGCGCCCGUGUCCACCCGCACGCCGCUGUCGCUGCUGUUCGACAAGGUGGCGAAAUGGCAAAUUAUUCCUCGAGAGGGCACCGAACACUUACCAUGCCGGGUCUACGGCGCUAUACACCUUGCCAGACUUUUUGUAAAAUUACCAGACUUUCUAAACGCAACGCAGAUGCCAGAUUUCAAGUUAAAACUUAUAUUGAAACAUAUCGAUAUGUUUAUUCAGUAUUUGGACGAGCACAGCGAAUGGUUCGGCGAGAUGUACUACAUAGCAGACAACGUGUCGCGGUCUCAUUAAAUAUCAACCACUAAAUAAUAGUUCUUCCGUUGACCUGUUAAGGCAGUUUGUGAAAAUGAUACCAUUCCUAAUGAUUUAUAUUUUGAAAGAAUGUACAAGAGAUCAAGAAAUAAUAAUUAUGAAUAUAAUAAUACAAUAUUUUUUCACAAA